AUGUCCGUCGAUAAUGGCGCUACAGAGUUCGCAGACGAGGCCUCUAGCCAUCAAAUUCCCUCGGCAGGACCAGACCUUCAAGAAUCCUCCUCAAAGCGAGACUGGGCUCCCUGGAUUGUGGACCCGGUUGCAACAGAUCACGUCUGUGCAGAUACGCCGACCGUGUUGGAGACCAUUCGGAGAUCCGGAUCGGACGACAACCCAUGCUAA